AUGUUACGAUAUUUGGGCGUUUUGGUUUGCAUAGUGGCUAAGACGUUGGGAAACAGCACUUUGUCUUCCUCCUCGUUGACGUCCUCGACUUUUGAUGUUAGUGAAGCGUUUCCCACAUUGACCGUGGGACGGGACAAUACUCUGUUGUUCUAUGUCAACGCCUCGAUAGGUACCCCGGGACAACAUCAAAUGCUCCGUGUGGACCUUGCACAGCCAUACAUGUGGGUCCCAUCUGGAGAUUCUUAUGAAGCCUGUAACUCCACCGACGCGGCGUACGACGAAUAUAGCGACCAAGCCGGCGCUUGCGACGCGGAAACCGUUUUCUAUACUGAGGACAGCUCGACUGCGCAUGUGCUGAAUGACAACAGGACUUAUCGGAUGGUGUUCCCGGAUUUUAUCUAUUACAACGCAACGGCAGUGCAGGACAUUGUGAACUUCACCUCCGUAACCGGUGACACUUCGCCAUUCACAUUCGAAGAACACAACAACGAUACCAAUAUCUCUGGGACUUUUGCGGGGCCUGGUCUCCCGUUUCGAAAAAUGUCUUUCUUUAGCGCAGAAUCGUCGUAUUACGUCAAUGAAGGUGCGUUGGGACUUGCAGGCAAGGUCUCCUUGACAGGCUAUGACAGCGACAGCGCUAACUUCGACACUUCCUUCUUUUUCCUUGAGCAACUGGUUCAAAACAAUGUCAUAAACACGAGCUCUUUCUCCCUCUGGCUGGGGAGAGGCGAGUACAGUUUUUACAACUAUAGUAGCGAUCCCGUCAUAAACAAUUGCGGGAGUUUGAUCCUAGGAGGCGUUGACCAAUCGCUAUACACUGGAGACUUUGUGAAGUUUGACACGUUACCUUUCUACGACGUCAACACAUUAAAGGUCUCAUAUGGAUUCCCCAUUGUUCCGUUAACGAAGGUUAGCGUUCAGGCCAGCUCUGGAGAAUCUCUCAAUCUAACCUCAGAUUCCUUCAUCGAGCCGGUUUUACUCGACUCCAGAUACACUUACAGUUAUUUACCUCUGAGCUUGAUCGUACAAGUUGCGAUCGAAAUCAACGCCUAUUACGUUGAGUCUCAAGAGAGGUGGUUAGUCGCGUGCGGUGUGAGCAGUCUAGGCGCUUCGAUACUUUUCGAAUUUGGCAAUUUGGUCAUCAAAGUUCCCCUCGAUGAUUUACUAGACAAGGCUUUCGAUGACAAUACCAACUCGACGCUGCGUUUUUCCAACGGUGAGGAAGCUUGUUUUGUUAGGAUGUUCCCGAAUACGAUGACUGGCUUCAACAUUCUGGGAGGACCAUUCUUGAAAAAUGUUUACCUCGCAGCGGAAUUAGAGAGCAAUCAAAUUGCGAUGGCACAGGCCAAAAUAAUUCAUCUCUCUGACGACUCCUUGUUGGCUGCAAGUUCUGCUUCAAAAACCACAUACCAGACCGGCAGUGCGAGCCAAACAAUUACGUCGGGGCCUUCGCGCUCCUACAAUCCGUCGGCGAUCCGAUCAAGCUACAUUCCAUUUGCGACAACCAACAAUCUGACAGAUAGCAGCUAUUUGACACUUUACGAGUCUUACACUUACAGCGGUUCCACUACGUCGCAACUAGUCAACCAGUUCACUGCAUUCAUUUCAUCGGACGGAGUUAUUUUCACCGGAAGAUCCUUCUACGAGACUUCCUAUUCUGGACGAACGACGACAACUUCGUCAUCCAAUGGCACUGUCACCUCCACCGUACGUAAUGGCGCAAAUCAGGUGCGUCCUCUAAUUCGAAAAAAUUCGCAGGGGAUCAUAUCAGCCACGGUGGUAGGAGCACUGUUUGUCCUCGCAGUGGGCCUCGUCGCCUCGAUUUAA